AUGGAGUUCGGCGGCUCGAAGUUCCCGACGAUGUCGCCGCGAAUAAGUGAGCUCUACGGGGCCAGUAACGGUGCGUUCCGUGUAGGAGAGGCGGAUGCUUACGCUCAGGACCUAGACGAGCUCGAGCGUGAAGAGCGAGCGCUGGAAAAUAUGGUUCAGGAGCUGGUGAACCGAAAAGCCGCAGUUCCUAUUGGCGCCAAAUUUCACCGUGAAGGCACCGGCAACGUGGCGCAGCAGGUGGCGACAGCUCGUACGGUCGAGUUCGUCUGA